AUGCUCGCCAUGUAUGAGAAGCGGCCAGGCCUGUUUAACGGUGAGCCUGAACGGCAGCGAGCCAGUUUCUCGGGACUAUUGAUAUCUUGGAGAGUUAUAUUUGAGUUGGAACAAAAGGUUCUAAGCCUCCAAACCGGAGUCAUCGACAUAGAACCCUCGAUGCAUGAUACAGAGUAUCAUUCGCCAGAAGACUUCAGGAAUUUGGGGUCUAAGUCCCAGAAUAGCUCAGGCCGAGCCGUUGAACAUGGGAAUGAAAGUGACAGUGAUACGAGCCAGUCCCCGAACUACACUGAGGGUGCUGGGAUCAGCUUUAUGAGUUUUCUCUUUACUGACCCUCGGUGGAGGGAGCAAAACCAGAAACUGUUACACAACUUAUCCAAGAGAGCCACAAUUCUAGAAACAAGUGUGCAGCAGAAUAGUCUUCCAUCAGCUCAAGAAGCCUUGGUAGUGUUUAAUACUUACUUGGGAACUUCCCAUGUCCAAAACCCCUUUUUGCUGCGCCGAUGCGUGCAAGGUCUAUACCAAGCACUAUUUCCAGAAAAGUCGGAAGAUCAACAUGGACGUGCUAGUGGCAGUCAAGUAUCAGAGCACCAGCUAUUUCGGGCAUUCAUGAUACUUGCCAUCGGUGCUAUCCCACUUUACCGGAAUGGCAAGCACCAGUACCAUCCUUACGGCUAUUUCCUUGCCGCGUUAAAGCACCUCGAAGCUGGUUUCCUCCUCAGAGGCUUGGAGUCUAUCCAAGAUAUCUUGCUCGGUCUGCAUAGGUGUCGUACUCCAAAAAGCUUAGAUGGCAAUCUGCUCGAGGAGCAAUUGCGGAGACGGGUCUUCUGGCAAUGUUACAUGCUGGACAGAUAUACCUCUGUGAUGCUGGACCGCCCACCCGCCAUAUCUGACAAAGAUAUCCAGGUCGGGUUUCCUGCAGAUGCAGACGAUGAGGAGCUCGACCUCGCCGGACAGUCUGGGGUAUUUGCGGAUCUUGAUUCCUUCUAUCGGAUCAGCACGGCACAGCUGGGCUCCACCCACACUACCGAGACUUCUGUAUUCCUAGUAUGCCUCCGACUACGCCAGGUCACCUCAAAGAUUCAUACAAAAUUUCAGCAAAAGGGCAAAGGGACUGGUGAGCAAACCAUGUCACAAAUUGAUUUGGCAACGGCUAGUGGAACAAUAUACUUGGACCUUGAUGAGCUUCUAAACGAGCUAAACAGUUGGAGAAUUUCUGCACCCAUCUUCACCAACCCAAAGUGCUUGUAUGAGAGGCAGGAGUGGUAUGAUCUGCUCUUGAUGCGAGAGCGACUACUUAUCAUCCGCAAAGCGAUUGAUCUGGUGCCUAAGCGAAACAACGUACCUCCGCGAGACCUACUCAGCAUUUGUCUUGAAUAUUCCGUGGGGACCAUUUCUAGCUUUUGCGCAAUGUUUGACCAGGGGCUUGUGACAUACACCCGCAGUUACUUCCAAACCCUGUUUACCGCGGGGUUGUCUGUCAUGUUCUGUGUUUCAGUUGUAGAGGAUCUUGAUGUCCAGACGAUUAAGAGUGCUUCCGAGGCAGUAAAGAAGGGCGAGAAAACAUUGAAACUGAUGGUUCAAAAACUCCCUGACUCUGUUCACUAUGUUGCUCUAUAUGAAGCAUUGCGCGCAGAUAUUCUACGCAAGACGAAGAGCCUCCAACGACCAGACGCAGCAUAUACCGAGCAACAUAUUCAUUCAACAGCCAUAAACCAAGAUACAGAUGAUGUACAGUACCAACAACAUGGCAGUUUGAAUACUGGGAUCCCCGGUGUUCAUGAUUCACCCAUCCAGCAUAACCCGCUGUGGCCUAUUCUGACACCCGAUGAAACGGCGAAUGGAUUUCAAAUGCAUGAAUCAGCCAUGGAAAACCAACUAUUGUCAUGGGAUAUAUUUGGGGACAACGUCUUUUGGAGUAUGGAGGCCGGCAUGCUUGGGGAGUACGUGUACGGAUCCUCAGCCGCGAGUCAAUUCCUUAACGAUAUAUAA